UGUUACCUAUAAGUUAUGAACGCUUUGGUUUUAAAGAAUUUCGACAUAUUAUUACCAAUUACCAAGCAAUUUCAAAGUGUUUAAUACGUCUGGAACUAUAUUUAUUUGGUUCAAAGAGUGGUAUCUGUAAACCUAUGUUUGGGUUAUAUUUAAGUUAUAAAAAUAUGAUACUGAAUUCUAUUUUUAAGUAAGUCUAUUUACUUAAUUUUAAUAGGAGUGAAUUUAUAAUUAUUCUAUAUGGUAAUUGUAUUGUUUAAAGGAUGUAUUUAAACAACUUGGAUUAUUACAAUAAUGCUUUAAUAAGUGACAAACCUCUUAUCAAAUUGAUAGUAAACAUAACUGAUCAAGAAAUUACCAUAGUUCCUAAUUUGUAUGUCACUUAUAAUACAAUUUUAAGAAAUGUAACAAAGUGUUUGACAUGGUUAAAAGUUUUGCCUGUUUGGCAAAUGGAAUCAUGUAAAUAUUGCUUGACGGAAGAAAAUAAAUGGAAGAAUGAAAACUACAAGAAUACAUUGUAUGAAGAAAUAAUAAACAAUAAAGCUAUUCUAGAAAAAAUAGAAAUUCUUCGUAAAACUUCUCACGGUCUAAUGGUCGAUGUGAAUAAAUAUUUAAAAAAAUGGAAACAAUUCAAAUUCUUAUGGAAAGGAUCAAAAAUAAAAAAUAAAGGAUUUUCAACUACAGAUACAUCUAUUCAGGAUUAUGAAAACAUUUUUAACGACUUAAAACGACUUCUAUUAUAUUUUUCAACGAUGUCAUUACACAAAAAAAUACAAUGCAUCAAGUAUGUUUAG